GGAAAAUCUAUAAUGAAGGGUCAGCAAACACCAAGUCGUUUUCCUAAGAUUAAUUAAUUUGAGACUCAAUUUUCUCAUUUAUCAUUGAGCAAUUUCUAAGAAUAAAAACAUAAUCCUUCAAUUUGUAAGGGAAUGUUGAGUAUGAUUAAUCCUAAACCUCCUUGUGAAAAUAAGAAGAUAAAACAAUCUAGUAUUUAUAAUAAUGAAUAGGUUAAUUUGAAUAGAAAGCACAUUGUUUGAAGAGAUGUUUAUAAGAAGAAGGAACAAGUUUUGAUUUAGAUUUGGCAGUAUUUAAAAUACGUCCUUGUUAAAGAUAAUGUGAACAUAAUCAUAAAUAAUGUCCAUAUUUCCAUUCAUAAGAUGAUUUAAGAAGACCAGGAACAUAUUAUAAAGCAGAAUUAUGUUCUUAUAAAGUAGAAUAAAAAGAAUGUCCUCAUGGUUAUAGUUGUAGUAAAGCACAUAAUCAAUAUGAAUUGUUAUAUUAAGAAGACAAUUAUCGAAAAUUGUUUUGUCCUAAACCAGAAAAUUGUUGUUUUGGUAUGUAUUGUCCUUAUGCUCAUUUUGAAAAGGAUAUUAAAUGUGAAUUGAUCCAUCUUUAUUAACAUGAUCAAGAUUAUUUUAUGUUUCAUUACAAAACUAUUCCUUGUCCAUAUACACUUUUUAAUCAUAAUUUAGUAAUCUAUAAUUUAAUUAGGUCAACUUGUGAUUAUUAUCAUAAUGAGAAUGAUAAACGUAGAAAGGUUUAAAAUGUCAAUUAUUAACCUUAAUAGUGUCCAAAUUGGAUAUAAAAUAAGAGUUGUUCUAAUGAAUGUUCAUUUUGUCAUUCUAUUUUUGAACUUUAUUUUCAUCCUUAUAUGUAUAAAACCUUUGAAUGUAAUUAGUAAAAUUGCAUAAGAGAUAAAUGUCCAGGAUAUCAUGAUGAAAAAGAAUUCAGGUGAGAAUUUGUACAUAAUAUUAAAGACAAUUAAAUUCAUUAGUUAUAAAUGGAAUCAUGAAAAUAGUUCCUAAGAAUAGAUUUGAAGAGAAACAACCUAAAACAUAAAUCAAGUUUCCUAGUAUAAAUUAAUGAAUUAUUUUAUAAAUUUAUAUACUCUUUAUAAUUUAAAUAAAUUUUAUGUCAUUCUGUUAAGAGUAAUUUUUUAUUAAUAUUUGAAGACCCAUAGUUGACUGUCAAUACUUGAAAUCUGUUCUAAAGAAUCUUGAUAAUAGAUUAAAUACAUUUGAGAAUUCUAAUCAGAAUUGUUUAUAGAAAAAUCAUCAAUUUUUAGAUAAAUAUCAUUAGGAAUUAGUUAUCCCAAAACUCAAACUAAACAAAAUACAAAUAGGAUUUAAUGAUAAUAAUGUCCCUUAAAAGAAAGUCUUAGUUACUUUUGGAAACAAAGAGAAUUUCAGAACAGAUAAUUGCGAAUAAGUUGGAGAUAGAAUAGAUUAAACAAACCUUAAUAUUAACUAACCAUCUCCUUAAGAUAAAACUAUAGCAUUUUCAAAUCAGAUGGGUUAAUAAUAAUUGUAAUAACCAAAACAAUAAGAUAAUAAAUUUAACAAUAUUAAUAAUUAACCUAAACUCAAAUUAGUCAAACAGGAUUCAAAACUAAUCCAUCCAAUAUUCUCAAAGAAGAACUAUGAAUAAUAAUCAUUAGGGACUAAAUUUUAUACUCGCAAUAAUUCUAUAUAAUCAACUCCUGUUAAAUAGAUUGGUUUUAAUUCCUCUUUAGGAACUUCACCUUUAAGAAGAAAGAAUUCUUAAAAAAAUAGUGAUUUAUAUAUCAAUUCAUUGUAAAUUGAUGAUAUGAUGCAAAAUUAAAGCAAAUUUCUUAAAUAUUUUCAAUAAAAUUAUGGAUCACUCAAAUAAUAAUGUAAUACAUAUGACAAUCCUACUAUCAAGACUAGAACUACUUUCAAAUCUCAAAAUACGAGACCUUUGACUGAUGUUUAAAUGAUAAAAAAUUGA